GAACUAUGGGUAACAUGACGCCACAACUAUGUCAAAAACGUACCUGUACAGCCACAGAAACUCACCUGUCAUAACCUCCCGCGCGCUGGUCAGGAGAGGGUUUGAUCAAUGCUUUGCUCGGCACACAUACGCAGUAGGUGUCUUGAUCUGCUCGGUGAUCUCCGAUCUUCAAUGCUUCCUUCGUCGCUUUCACGUUCGACAAGGCACAGGGCGACACACGUCCUCUCCGUGUAGGAUCAUUUCCCAGUUUUGUACAUACAGAGUUUCUGGCAUGUCGUUUGAAACUCAUGAGCACCCCUUUGUUCUUGAUCUCAGAAGACUGUGUGCCCCUCAGGGCCCGCCCUGGGCCUGGUGGGUCUGGCAGGACGGCAUGCCCCGAUAGCACCUGCGGUUAAAGAGGCACCGCAACCUGCAAUGCGGGGAACGAUACACAGACGAGACUGGAACGCUUGUCCACUCCCGUCGCUGAACGUCAUCCACCAGUGCCGCCGUUUUGACUCCCGCGCACGGCAACGACCAACGUCAACUUGCCCGAACCCUUAGGUUAAGUCUAAAUAUUCGCCUAGCCUUGGCCGUCGACUGAGUGGCAACUUAUGUAAACCGCAACAAAAAGUUCAAUCACUUCGAUCAGCCACCACAUAGGGUUACCUCACCAGUCGUUUUUUGACACAACCUCUCAGCAUGGCCAAAUCGGAUCUCGACAACGCUAAUCCCACCGUCCUCAGUGUCUCACAACUGCCCAGCAGGAAUCUAGCGAAGGGCCAUGUGAGAAAGGGCCCGGAUUCCAAAUAUGACCACAUCUUGUUCCCAAAGCAGUGGUGGGCAGGAAGUUCCCUGAACACUGACCCAUCGGUGUGGACAUCAGACGAGGACGAAGACGACGACUUGACUUUGGCGACAGAGGAACCCAUUGACGAGCAGGAAAUCUAUGACCUGCUAUCAACGAUAUCGGACCCUGAACACCCCGUCACCCUGGGUCAAAUCGCCGUCGUCAGACUUGACGAUAUCCAUCUUAGCCCAUCUCCCGCCGAGCGUCUAGAUCCAAACACCCUGACCAAUGUCGAGGUUGACCUUACGCCCACAGUGAACCACUGUUCUCUGGCGACUGUCAUUGGUCUUGCCGUCCGUGUCCGACUCGAGAACGCUCUGCCUCCCAACUAUCGCAUCAUCGUCCGCAUGAAGGAUGGCUCCCAUGCCCAGGAUGACCAGGUGAACAAGCAGCUGGGAGAUAAGGAGAGGGUUGCCGCUGCUCUGGAGAAUGACACCCUGAAGGGCAUCAUCGAGAAGAUGCUGGAGACUUGCGUCUGAGUACAAUCCAGACAAGGGAGCUUCAGAGAUGUCCAUUUCAGCGAAUUAUCAUUCACCUUGCGAUGGCUUUCCAGGCUUGACCCUACGCUGCGGUAUUUCGUGAGAUUAUAUCCGCAGGAUUGCCUUAUUGGUCAGUGGUGGCAACGUUAUUCUAUACUACGUACAGCCCCUCCUCGAUAUGGGGCACAUGCGUGGCUAUCCGGUGUGUGCGGGGGUUCGUAGAGGAAUUGAUAUAACGAUGCGAGACAUUGGCAAAUUCUGAUACCUACCGCCGCCUUUAUCGAUGUUCAAAUUUCCACUCAGGGCCCAGCACUCUGUUUCCCAUGUCAGUCCAGAGAGAAAGGGCCAGCAGCCAUCCCAAACCACGCAUUGGGAUCACAAGCUCCGAAAGUUAAAAUACGAAAGGCACGAUGUCACCUGAUAUUGCAUCCCAAUCUUGGAUGGUGGUCAUGGGCGAUUUCUGCGGUGAAGCCCAUGUCCCUAGCAUUCUACCACGGGCUUAGGUCAAUAUCAUCUACGGCUAUCAUAUGAUGAUAGAAAAGACACCACACCUUACUUCUUUUUUGGUCCUCUUGCAUAAUUACAAUCUUUACUCUUUGAGCGAUUGUCACCAAGUGUCUACGUCCUCGCCGCCGAGUCCGGGGAUCUUUGGACUGAACAUUAACGACGUUGACAUGGUAAUUACCGAGCUGACCCAUCCACCCAAAUAAAACAGAAUCAACAAAAGUUGAGAAGUAAUUUUUGGGGGCGAAUGAUGAUUUUGGAUUCUGUGAUAGGAGGAUCGAAGGGGUUACUGUCGACACACCCGCCUACUUCCCCCGACACCAGGGUCUAGUGUACGACAGACGGCUCAUCCAACCCAUGACUUAUGUAAUCGAGUACAGUCUCAAGAAUGCGGACGUUAAGAACCCCACUUUCUAUUGAUCGACGGAACCCAUGUGCUUUAUGAACUGAUCUACAUGAUGUGGACAUAGCCCGUUUUAAAGUUGACGAAUUCAAGAGACUAUAAAGUUGCAGCAAUUUGCGUUCGGGUCAUGUGGGUAGGGAAGUACCAUGGAAAGAAGAGAGCCCUCCGAUGCCUCUCAC